CUGCUGCUGAAGCCUCUCCAUCCAACUUUUCUAUUUGGACUGAGCUACAAGGGAACAGCAAGGACUAGCAAGUUAUUCAAUCCCUCGGGGAGUGGCUGCAAUGCUUGGUCUUGCCACUUCCAUAUCAUGCUCCUUCUUCAUCCUGUUUUCACUGGCCUCCAAUGCUGCCUCCAAAGAUGACCUUGUGGUGGACACCAGUAGUGGUCCUAUCAAGGGCAAAACUCUCACCGUUGGCUCUGGCUCUGUGAGAGCUUAUCUUGGCAUUCCCUAUGCUGAGCCCCCCUUGGGGAAACUGCGAUUCCAGAAACCUCUUCCACAUCAGCCCUGGAGUCAAAUCUUUGAGGCCACUGACUUUGGCAAUGCCUGCUUUCAGCAACUUCUUCCUCAAACACCUGAGACAAAAAUAGCGAAUCCCAAUAGGCCCCUAUCAGAAGAUUGCCUCUUUCUCAACAUCUGGGUUCCCCAUCCGCAACCCUCUGUACCAAUUCCUAUCCUUGUGUGGAUACACGGAGGGGGCUUUGUUGGAGGUACAAGUUCCCUGGACGUGUACAAUGGAGCUUCUUUAGCUGUGACAGAGAAUAUCAUUGUGGCGUCCAUGAAUUACCGCCUGGGUUCUUUGGGUUUCAUUUCCUUGCCACCAGUCAUCCCUGGAAACAUGGGUCUGUGGGAUCAACACCUGGCUCUGUCCUGGAUCAAGGAGAAUGCAGCUGCCUUUGGUGGAGAUCCAAAUCGGGUGACAAUUUUUGGUCAUAGUGCUGGAGGAGCCUCUAUUGGCUACCAUCUCCUUUCACCCAAAAGUGAGCCCCUUUUUGCCCAAGCUGUGCUUCAGAGUGGAGUACCCAAUGCCAUCUGGGCUUGGAUACAUCCUGAGAAGGCCAAGAAUAAAUCCCUUGAAAUUAGUCAGCUCCUGGGAUGUGGAGAAGGCAAUGAAAAUGAAAUUGUUAGUUGCCUUCAGAAAAAAGAUGCAAUGGAAUUUCCUCAGUGUGAAACAUCUCUGUCCCAGAAAAAUGAUUUUAUUUUUGAUUUCAUCUUUGUACCAACAACAGAUGGGGAAUUUUUGACCGAUGAUCCUCAGAGACUUUUAGACUCUCAGCAUGUGCAGAUCAAACCAAUUCUCACUGGUGUCACCUCAGAUGAAGGAGCUUUCUUGGUGGAUUUUCUUUCUCUUGCAAACAAUCGCAGCGAAAUCACUCAGGAACAAUUUAUGAAAGUACUAAGAAUGACAGUGCGAAAUGCAACUGAAGAAGAUAUUCAGGUUGUAGCCCAGAAGUACAGUGGAGAGAGUCAUGGCCCAGCAAAGUAUCGUUCAGCCUUUGUGCAGUCUUCAAGUGAUUAUUUCUUUGUGUGUCCUGCAGCCGAAUUUUCUGCCCAGAUCAGAAAAGCUGGGAGUCCUGUGUAUGUUUACCUUUUUGCACAUCACACCUCUGGCGCUAUCUGGCCUGAGUGGGCCGGGGCGCCUCAUGGAGCAGAACUCCUUUAUCUGUUAGGAAACUUUAAGGCAGCAUUCGAGGCCAACAAAACACACACGGAAGUGGAGGCAGUGCUCAGCCGUAGGAUAAUGCGAUAUUGGGCAGAGUUCGCCAGAACUGGGAAUCCCACAGGAUCAGAGAAGAAAGAAGUGGAGUGGCCGCCUUAUAAUGCUGCACAGCAGAACUUCCUCCGUCUUAGCACUGAGCCAGCUCAGGUGAUGCCGGUAUCGCCUGCUCGACACUGUGGUCUUUUUAAACCACAUGCUACAAACCAAAAUGAGGCCAGCUCCAUCGUAUGAUGCAUGUCUCUGUGGGCCAUGAUGUUUCUAAUAAGAUUAAUUGUGUUGGAUUAGUUAUCUUUAUAUUAUGGUCUUUCAAAAACAAUGGACUUUGUGCUAAUUGACUCAAAGUUACAAUCUGUAUUCAUAUUGGUCUGAUCUGCGUUCAUUGCUGUCAUGUUUAACAGCUGUGAUUGCUGCAUGAAGUAUGGAAGAAACUAAUAAAGCUAUAUUGGAGAAAACCUGUCUUUGUUGCUUUGCUGGCAGCUUUGUAACCAGAAAAAAAAUCAGGGUGGAUUUGAAUUUUUUAAAGCAAAUAAUGAAGAGUAGUUCCAUAACACAAAAUAAUUUAAACAGUAUGGCUCAUUCUAUAUUUUAUAUUGACUUAAUUAAAUCAAUCUAAUUUUUCUCAUAGACUUAGCAGCAUGGAGAUUUGGUUAUGAGAAAACUAGGGGGGUUUUUUACCUGAAAAAUGGGGUGGGGGUAGAUUUGAACCCCUAACCACCCCCACCCCACCCUCAUGGCUACAGCCCUGUUUGCUGGUGUCGGUCUCCCUUCUGCUGGCAUGGGGGAAUUUGGAAUUGUGAAUGUCCUUGGUUGUGAAAAGCUCUCAAAGUCCUAUAAAUGCUUCUAUAUGUUUUCAUUGUGGCAUGUCCAUUUUUGAGAGUGUAGACUCUGUUGGCAUCCACUUUGGCUAAAAUGAAUAAAGCCUUUGUUCUUUUGCCUUCAA